AUGUCUCGGCCGAAGGAUCCCCCGCCACGGGCACAGCAUUCACGGCAGGAGCAAAAUGGCGACGAGGAGAGCCCGCAAUUACAAUGCCAUCUGUGGGCCAGGGACGUCCAGACGUUACUCAACGACGAGACGGGAUGCGCCCUCUUCGAGAGAUUUCUUCAAGAGGAGGAGUGUGAUAAGUCGGAAUUGUGCUUCAUUUACGUUUGUCGCGGUCUCCGUUUAAAUCUCAAGUCCGAAAAGAGGGAUCGCUCCGCCUGGGCGAUCUACAGAAGUUGUUUGAAGAGCGGCAUAGUCAGCGCUGUGUCCGACGAUGUCAAGGCGACCAUCAGAGAGCGACUCGAAGCGGGCGACAUCGGACCUGAGCUCUACGACGAAGCCGUUCAACAAGUUGAGGAAAACAUGACAAAAACAACCUUCGUCAGAUUUAUUCAAUCGGACAUCUAUAUCGAGCACGUUCAGCGUGUGAUGGCUUGCGGGGAGGGUGCCGACUCCACACCGCCGACGGAUAAUGACCACAACGAAGAUUUUGAAUCUAGCAAGUCUCCGGUGAAUCUCGAUUCUGACGAAGACUCACCACCUCCGAUAACGCAUAAACGUGCCAACAGCAAUGCUCCGAGCGGCGAUGUGGCGAACGACGACAACAACAACGACAGUUUCUUCGCGAGUCAGAUGCCCACUCUCGACGAGGAUGAUGAGCUGGAGAACUCGACCCUCCUACCGUCUCGGUCGUCGGGCCAGAGAAAAGCGUCGCACGCGGGUGCGCCGCCCCCGAGACCACCUCAGAGCAAAAUGAUUCAACUUCAGAAGCGACAGAGUCAGAUUGGACUGAAGUAUAUCGAGAAUAUCGGCCAGCCUGGCUUCCGUCCGCCGCCGAAUCCGUAUCACGUGAAUAACUCGUACUUCGUGCCGCCGUCGGCCUACCACUCGGAUAUGCAGAGCUUGUCUUCUGGAAACUACACUGAUCUCGACAACGAUGGCAAACGCAUCGAUCAUCACAGACGGCACUCCAACGAGAUCGACCGACGAAAAACUCAAAGGAAAACCAUCAAUGGCCGUGACCCGCUUCCGCACACGAUACAGAGGACACAGUUUUUGAUCGAUCGGAACGGCGAGAACUUGUUACGAGAACUACCGAGUGAUAACCCCAGGGAGUUUCACCGUAUACUUUGUGAAAAACUACAGAAGGUCAUCGGGGAGUCUACGGAAGACGACGUG